GCGGCUCGCUUCUGGGCCCGAGAGUCGAGUCGCGAGGCCAAACGCUGCUGCUCGCUGGCUGGCUCGGUCGGACGCCCUUGGACUCGCCAUGGAUACUCUCUAGUGCCUUACGCUCCACUCCGCUCCGCUCUGCACCUCCGUCUGCACCACUCUGCUCGUGGCGAUGAGUGGGAAUGCCGGCGCCGCCUGAUGAGUAGCGGAGCCGCAGCAGCGACGCCAUGGAAGGGGAUGCAGAGAUCGUGCCGCAAUCGUUGCGCGAAAAGGCCCUUUUCUACACGACCGCCUUCUUCGUCCUGCUCGGCACCUUCAGCCUGUUCGCCUUCUUGUUCCUCGUGCCGUUCGUCAUCGACCCGGCCUUCACCACCAUCUUUAUGCAGUUUGAGCCGCGGCCGGCGCAGUGCGUGACCUCGGAGGUGGUGGUGAAGCGCGGCACCAAGAACUGCACGUGGGCGUCGUGCCGCGAGGGGUGCACGCGCGAGGUGUACAACUGCACGCAGAUCCGCGUCGACUACCGCAUCACGCCGCUCAAGCGGCUUCCUGCUGCACCGUCGGACGGCGACGAGGAGGACGAGGGCACGACGCCGCUGCCCGCCGAGGGGGCGCCGUCCGAGCUGAACGAGUGGAGCGUGGGCGUGGCGAGCCGGAUGGCCGCCAGCAGGCCUUCGCCGGCGGCCGCGUCCGAAGCGGACGCGAGCAGCGGCGCGGUCGAGUGGACGGCCGACUGGAUGCAACGCAGCUCGCCGCACAAACUCAACAAGCGCGACGUCACCAUCGUGCCGCUGAUGAACGACACCUCCGAGUGGUUCUUCACCGGUGCCAAACUCUUCCCCAACGUCAAGGGGUGCGGCUACCCGCCGAUGCUGAACUGCAGCAUCUUUUUGUGGGCGCACCAGACGGUGGGGACCAACUUCACGUGCUACUACAGCCGCGUCGACCCGAUGCUGGUGAUGAGCGACCUGGACAUGAAGCAGGUCUACCUGAACCUGGUGCUGGCGACGGCCAUCCCCAUUCCGUCGUUCAUCAUCUCGGUCAUCUACCUGGCGUUCGCCUACUUCGUCAUCUACGCCGAGGAGGAGAGCGCCGACCCAGAGUCGAUGGUGCCGCCGCUCGGCGACGCCGAGGACAAGGACAACCUCGACGCAGACGCCGACACGGAGCUGCAGGAGCGCAAGCUGCUGCCGCCCGACGACGAGCUCAUCGACGCCGACGACCGCUCACCCACCGACCCUGACGACCUUGUCGAGUUUGCCGACAAGUCGCCCACGUCGGCCACCGCCGCCGACGACGACAACGACCAGCAGGCCGACCGACUGCCCGACAAGCAGCCCACGCCCGUCGAGUCGGCGCCGCUCAACGCCGCAGGGUACGUCAACAACACUGCGCCUGCGCCGCCCGCAAACGACUCGACGAAGCCUCAAAGCAUGAUGGUGGUGCGUCCGACGACGCUGCAGCCGAGUGGUCCGAUAGCGGCCGUCUGAGGCGACAACUGACGGGCCUGCGCGGCCCCGUGUCCUGGCGUCCAUCAAGUUAACUAAAAAAGUUGAGCAAUUCUCCAGCUGCGCAGCUGCAUUGUGAACCAAUGCUGCUGCUGCGCACGCGCAUUUCCAUUUCAAAACAACCGCUUCAAUUGAUCUAUUAAAUCAACCUCGAUGCGAGAAAGAAAGAAAGAAGAAAGAGUCAGAUUUGGUGCGAAUGGACAAACAUUUUUCAACACUCACAUUCACUCACUCACUCGUCACUCACGCCGUGUAAAGAGAAAUUAAUGCUGUCCGUUGCUGUGGUGAUAUUUUCAAAACUUGAUAGUCCAAAACGCUCAUCUCUUUGUAAAUACGUUGUCAAGGUCGCUUGCAGCCGCCGACGGUUGCCGUUAUUUGACAGACGAACGAAUGGAAAGAAGGAAGCAGACUUUUAGCAAACGCUUUCGUUUUCGGUUCUCAGACGAGACACACACGCAAUAAAAUAAAUCUUUUAACGAGACGCGAACGAAGCAAAGACCGCGCGAUCACUCACUUUUCACUCGCAAUGUGGUUUCUAACAUUCUCGACGCAGACUUUUUAAACGUACUAAACUUGUCUUGCCAAAUUUAUCCAGUAUAUGCACCAAACAGCUGAUUGUGGGUCGCCGCCAGAAGAAGCGAAGCCGGCCAAAACCACUCAUUUGCGUUCGUAACAAGCCUGAGGCUCAAUUAAAAUUGCGCAUGCGUCGAGUGUCGUGUUUCGUAGUUAAGCAGCGCGGCGACCAAUCAGAUGCGCCGGCUUUCGAGGCCCGCUAGCUAAAAAGAGGAGUGUAAGUUAAGGAGUAGUAUAGUAUCAGCUCUGAAGCCUUUGUCGCCUGCUAGUAUCUACUCUCCUUUCCUUUCACUCCUCUUAGAGCUCCUCUUUUUACGGUAAAGGCCUAGAGAGCCGGCGCAUCUGAUUUGUCGCCGCGCUGCUUUACUACGAAACACGACACUCGACGCAUGCGCAGUUUUAAUUUAGCCUCAAUUGUCCGUAACAUUCGCAUUGUAUCAUAAAAAUAGGCGCUUAUUUUACAAACGCAACGAUCGGUUUUGGACGAAUUGUGAUGCACGUAGUCGCGGAAGAGUGGCAGAGAAGUCAUUACUCACGCACUCACUCGCCAGCGUGCAUUUGCGCGCUGGCUCUCAGCGUCUUUCAAUGAUAAAAAAACUCAUGUUGACAUCAAGUACUAACGAACGCGCAGACAAGCAAGUCGAUGAAAAGAACGAAAGAAAAACUCUUACUCAGACUACACAAUGAUAAAUACAUAGUGUGUAUUUUUAUGGUGCGCUCGCUCGACCGGUAAAUAAUAAUAACAGGAGGGUGAUUAUGAUUUUCGGUCUGGUCGAGAGGAAAAGAAAUAAUUAAAAAUGAUCUAUAAAACGGCGCGCACUUCUUAUGAUGCGUAAAUGUACGCUACUUACUUAAAUCCGCAGCUUGGCGCGAAAUGCUAAUCAAACUCGAGGAAAUACUGCUUUUUUGCGAAUAACCAACCAACCAACGAACGAACAAACUCGGCCGUUUCAGUACAGUAUAUUUAUAUACACACACUUACUCUCACUCACUCACUCACUGACUCACUCUCGGACACAAAACUCACACUCCAUUGAUAAUCAGCAGCCGCUUUUUGUGCUAGAGGAAACGCUCUCGACUAUGAUAUCGAUAAAUAUUAAAACAAGUUGUAACAAUCUUCGGAAGACAGAGAGACACAAGAGAAUUAAUUUCCAUUCUAAAAAUUGCACCUUUUACGCGCAGCGCAGAGCUACAACAAUUGUAUCGAUUCAUUGACAUGUACCCAGCAUAAAGAAAUACUGCAAGCCUUGAACCGACACCGCCUUUCAUUUCCACCAAAACCCCUGAAAAAAGAUUCAAAUUCGAAAUUUGUUUUACAAGGAACGAAACAGCAGCGCCUAGUGUAAAUUCUAAAACGUGUUUUUUAUUGCCAAUAUUCGCAAAUUUGGGAUUUUCAACAAUUUAGCACAGAUUUUCACAGAUUCCAGCUGGACUUUUCUUUCUUGCCGACGUUGUUUGCAGUUCGUUUUCAGUUACUUAGGUUAGUUACGCGACGAAUAAUGUGAGAGUAAGGCCAUGGCAACAAGGCAUUCAUUGUAGCUUCCUUAAACGUUACGUUGGACAAUCGUAAUCAAAAUCAAGAUCAAGACAAGUUUAGAGUAAAUUGCAAACAGGCACACAAUAGACAGACUACUCGAACCAACAAACUCACAGUCUGCUGCGAUGUUAAUCAAUCGGAUGAUAUAAUAGCGAAUUAAAAUUAAAAGUGAUCUAGACGAGAGACAGACGCGCAGACGCACUCUUCUUUCCUCCUCCUUCGCCUCCUCCAUAAAUAUGUGUAUGUACAGACAAAAGCUUUACAAAUGCGUAAACGUAAAAAGAGACACGACAGAGACAGAGAUAGAGAGAGA